AUGAAUUGGUACGAGCUUUCAUUAGUUUCAAAACUGUUUGCGAUUCUUCAAUAUUUCUCAUUCAUUUGUGGACAUUCCGUUCCUUAUAAGGAGUUGUUUGUAGAUCAGCAUGUAGAUCAUUUCAACUUUGUGUCAUUCGGGCAGCACACCUUUAAAGAAAGAUAUUUAGUUCAAGAUCAGUGGUGGAAACCAGGAGUUGGUCCAAUCUUCUUCUACACAGGAAAUGAGGGCCCAAUAGACACCUUCUGGGACAACACUGGUUUUGUGUUCGAUAUCGCUCCCGAAUUUAAUGCCCUUGUGGUGUUUGCUGAACACCGUUUCUAUGGGAAAUCAUUACCCUUUGGGAACCAGAGUUUUUCUCAUCCAUAUAUUGGGUUGCUGAGCAUUGAACAGGCCCUCGGGGAUUAUGCAGUUUUGUUGACCACCCUGACACAGGAACUGAAUGCUACUUCCUGUCCAGUUAUCACCUUUGGUGGAAGCUAUGGGGGGAUGUUAAGUGCCUAUAUAAGAUUCAAGUAUCCAAAUCUGGUAGCAGGAAGCAUUGCAGCAAGUGCCCCCAUUUAUCUCCUGGCCGCGGACUCGAAGAGGGAUUUUUUCUGGGAGGAUGUAACUAAGGAUUUUAAUGCAGUUUCUCCAAAAUGUGUUGACAUAAUAAAAAAAGCAUUUGUACAAAUGGAUGUGACUUCCACCAAACCUGGAGGUCUGAAACAGUUGUCCACUACAUUUGGCCUUUGUAAGCCGAUGACCUCUAACACCGACUACCGUCACUUUCUGGGAUGGAUAAGAAAUGCCUUUACCUACCUAGCCAUGAUGGAUUAUCCAUAUCCGACAUCCUUCAUGGGUAAUCUUCCAGGAUACCCUGUAAAGGUAGCUUGUGGUAUGAUCCUGAACACUACAGAUGCACUACAUGGAUUAGCCCAGGCUUCAGCUAUAUUUUACAAUGGGACAAGUCAUCCUUGUUUCGACAUCUGGAGUGAUUUUAUCGAGUGUGCAGAUCCCACAGGGUGUGGACUUGGAUUUGACAGUAUGGCUUGGGAUUUUCAGGCAUGUACUGAGGUUCACCUGCCAGCAGGGAGUAACAAUCUAACAGACAUGUUUCCUGUGCUUCCAUUCACUGAUGAGAUCAGAAACCAGUACUGUCAGAAGAAGUGGGGUGUGGCACCACGAGAUUUGUGGAGUCAGGCACAGUAUUGGGCCAAUAAUAUCAAGUCAGCCAGUAAUAUAGUUUUCUCCAAUGGUGAACUUGACCCUUGGCAUAGAGGAGGGGUCAUAAAGCCACCCAACCCCUCAGUAGGGGUGAUAAUGAUAGAGGGAGGGGCUCAUCACUUAGAUUUAAGGGGUAAAAACAAAGACGACCCAUCCUCAGUCAUUGCAGCACGAGACCAAGAAAAGGCCUUUAUAAAGAAGUGGAUAUCGGAAUACAGAGCUUCAACAUAAUUAUGCUUCAAAGACAUCAGUAUCUAUCAAUCUGUAGCGUGUGUGCAAUAUAAUUACUGUGAUUAUGAGUUAAAAUGGGCAAUUUUGUCAAUUACUUAGAUUUCUGGCAAUGAUCUUAAUUAAUUAUUAUUAAUUUUAACAAGACUUCAGAAUGAUUUAUUCUGUCUCAUAUUACAAUUGUAUGUUGAUAUUUACUUUUGAUGCCAUGCUGUGAUUUGAGAUGUCAUUAUAUAUGGAUUAUUUUCAUACAUUUUUAUUAAAUAUAUUAAACUUAAA